GUCAAGCUUAAAAUCAUCAUGGCGGAGGUUGUUGUGUAAUUUUUCUUUGGCGUAGAGUUUUUGCUUCAAAUCUUUUUCAAAAAGUGCCGUCGGUUGCCCAAACUGUUGGAAAGUUAAACGGCAAGAGUUUGUGAUUUCGUUGGUGAUCAAAUUAGCGGUGUUAAACCCAUGGAAUCGUCAAACUGAAGGAUUUGUUUAACUGAAAAGGAAUCCUGUUGCUGAGGUGGCAUUGCAAGUACCUGGCGUACGCACGGUAGCAGAUUGCAGUGGAGCAGCAGUAAUACAGAAUAAUUAAGUUAUUCUACAGUAACAUAUGCUUUCGUAUUUGGAGCUGUGACAGUGAUUUUCCUAACAGUUGAAAAGCAAAUAUGGAAAUUUCAACGAAAUCGUGUGGUUAAAGUAGUAAAAUAUUAUUCCUAAAACUAGUAAAAGCGUGUCUGAAACGUUUCUAAGCCGAAUUAAUUUUCCAAUACUUAAGUGCUAAUCUGAAGAUCUGAAGUGAAAAGGCCUGUCUAUUGAAAUUUAAGGCCAGAAAAAAGCUGUGAUCAAGCUUAAAAAUUUACGGCAUUACGAAAUAUUGAAGUCAACAGUGCAUUCUUUUCGGAUAGUAAAUUGUAAUUUACUUGUUUGGAAUAAAUUUUUCAACCCAGUGGAUAAAAUUCUCAGUGAUACAGCGAAAAACAAGAAUUUAUACCAACUACUUAAAGAACGAUCGAUGCACAGCCGAUCGGAGAAAUCCUGCUGCAACAACCAGUUGAUGUGAACCAGUGAAAUACGAUAGAUCUAUAUUAACUAUAUGUGGUAUAUGUUGAUGAAUCAACUGAACCAGAGAACCAACUAAAAAUAUAUUAGAGUCAUAUAUUUUUAUACAAAGCAGUCAUAAUGUCCACCAUAAUGGAUGACGAUCCCGACGAUAAGGACGAUUCGAAAAGAAAAUCACGCAAUCUGAGCGAGAAAAAGCGCCGCGACCAGUUCAACCUGCUGGUCAACGAGCUGAACUCGAUGGUAUCGUCCAACAACCGCAAGAUGGACAAAAGCACCGUCCUAAAGUCGACGAUCGCCUUCCUCAAAAGUCACAACGAGAGUACCGUCCGGUCGCGGGUGCACGAAAUCCAGACCGACUGGAAACCGUCGUUUCUGUCCAACGAGGAGUUUACCCAUCUGAUCCUGGAAGCGCUCGACGGGUUCAUCAUUGUGUUUUCCUCAACGGGACGGGUUUUUUAUGCAUCGGAAUCGAUCACUUCCCUGUUGGGACAUUUGCCGAGCGAUUUGCUGAAUAUGACAGUGUAUGAUAUGGUGUACGAGGAUGAUCAGAACGAUUUGUAUAAUAUCCUGCUCAAUCCGACCGUUGUGGUUGAUCCGUUGCAAACGGGGAUUGCUCGCGAAAAUCAAGUUACAUUUUCCUGCUACAUCAAACGUGGCACGACGGAUUAUCGGUUUGAGGUUUCCUAUGAAUUAGUACAAUUUACUGGAUAUUUUCGGAGUGAUGUGGACGCUGACUCUUUGAUGACCGCAUCUAGAUUUAGUAGUUAUAUGACGGAUGCCGACACGAGGCUCAUCUUUGUUGGAACUGGCCGACUGCAGACUCCACAGCUGAUCCGAGAGAUGUCAAUAGUCGACAGCUCCAAGAGCGAGUUUACUUCUCGGCAAAGCUUAGAGUGGAAAUUCCUAUAUUUGGAUCAUCAAGCACCACUUAUCAUUGGAUAUUUGCCGUUUGAGGUGCUCGGAACUUGCGGUUAUGAUUACUAUCACUUCGAUGAUCUGGACAAGGUGGUCGCUUGUCAUGAGGCUUUGAUGCAAAAAGGUGAAGGCACUUCUUGUUACUAUCGGUUUCUAACGAAGGGACAGCAAUGGAUUUGGUUGCAAACUCGCUACUACAUAACGUACCAUCAAUGGCACUCAAAACCAGAGUUUAUAGUCUGCACGCAUCGCGUCGUCAGCUACGCGGAUGUGAUGAAGCAGACACGAAAUCAGGUCGGUGGGGACAAUAGAUUUUCCGAUGAUGCUGACAGCGUUAGUGUGGGAGUGGAACGAAAGUUCCAACCUAGCUCAACUCAAAGCCUUCUCGCUACUUCGCCCUGGAGUUCGAAGAGCUCGCGAACAACGCGGGUAGCAGCAACACCGGGAGCGUCACCUUCAGGAGUGUCCUUACGAGGUAGGCAUCGGUACAACACCUACUACGGCCCGGGCUCAGAUUCGGCAACUUCAAUCUCAACUGAAUCACACGCCAGCCGACAGUCGAUGCAGACCCAUCAUAGUUCGAAAUCUCGAAUGCGAUCAAAUACCUACAAUUCAAAAACCUCUUCUCAACACUCACAGGAGGAGAUGCAGCAUCAACCUGCACCGUUGCUGUUGCAACAACCAACGAUCCAGAAUACACCGCAACAGCAGAUGGGCCAGUUUCAGCCGAUGCUUUCUGCUCCUCCACAUCACCAGCAGCAACAGCAGCAUCAGACGCGGCCACCAGUACCCACCACAAUCAUAAAACCACCCGUUCCGCAGCUGAUCGGCUCUGCCGGAUUCAUCGAACCUCAACAGUAUUUGGCAGCUAUUCCAGUUCAACCAGUGGCAGGCUUUCCGCCGGAAGGCACUGCGGGAGUUCUAUCGCCCAUUCCACCGACAUCUCCAGCUGCUUUUGCAGUUCAUCCUAAUGUUUCAACUGGCACCGGUGGGGUUGUGUUGACUCCCGCUCAGAACCAAGUUCAAGGCCAUCUACAACGAAAGCACGAAGAGCUACAGCAUCUCAUAAUGCAACAGCAAGAGGAGUUGCGAAGAGUGCAGGAGCAGUUACUCAUGGCCCGUUACGGGCUGCUCCCAUCAAUAGUCACGUUGCCAUUUUCAUCAGCGGCCGCCGCCGCUGCCGCUGCUAACAACAACGAAAUUCACAACAGGUGCAACAAUAGUGCGUCCUAUCUACAGCAUCACCAGUUACCGCACAGUAGUCAUCAAUAUCCAACACAUCCUAGUCUAAUUAGUCAGCCACAAAAUCUGCUGCAUCCUCAUCAACAUCACCAACAGCAGCAACAACAGCAGCACCAUCAACAGCAACCACAGCAGCAACAACAACAACAAUCACAGCAACAACAGCAAAUGUGCAUACCUCCGGACCAAAAACCAAUCUUCCACUCCAACCAGCAACUCAACUUCACCGACACAGGCCAGUCGAAGCUGCUGGUCGAACCAGGAAAUGAGAUGAUUUCCUAUAUGCAGUUAACUCCCGUCCCGAUUCAUCACCUUCAACAGCAGCAACAGCAACAACAACAGCAGCAGCCCUCACAAUCCUCGCAACAACAAUCCCAGCAUCAGCAGCAACAGCAACAGCAGAUGCACAUGUCAUCCGAUGGAUGCAGCAUAAUGCAGGCUGGUGGUGGUGGUGGAACCGGUGGAGCUAACAUUCGCGGAGCGAAUGUCAACAGUAUGGAACUGCUGCAGUACCAGAUGGGCCAGGAGCAGGCGCAAAUUUUGUUUACCUCCGGCAUGGAACAGCAGCAGCACCAGCAUCCGCAGCAACCGCAGCCGCAUCAACAGCAAAACCAACAUCACCUGCAUCAGCAGCAGCAGCAGCAAACACACGAACAUCAACAGCAGCAGCAACACCAUCAUCAACAGCAACAGCAGCAGCAUCAGCAACAACAGUUGCUACAUCAGCCGCAAUCGCAGCAUCCAGGUUCGUCACUUGCUUCUCCGGGGGGUUCUACAAGUCACUCGCGAAGCGAUAUGUAGCUAAUGGAUGGGAUGGGAGGAUUUUCGAUUGGUUAGUUUUUCUCCUUGGUUCUGGUCGGGUAAUAGAUGAAAAUGGGAUUUUACGAACUCUCUGAAUGUCACUUACAGGCCGAUAAUUUGAACUGAUUCUGCUUCAAGUGAAAAUUUUACGGAAAAGAAAACUAUAGUUCAUUUGAUAUAAUUGCUCUAAACUAACAGUAACUUUCAACCAUUCGCUCUUCCGUUUUUUUGGGAGUGAUUCCCGGAUAUGUUUUGAUGUGUAUGUCGCCAACUAUAUGCCGCUAGUCGCAUAACAGUCCCAUUUCCUGUGGAGUUUUUUUAUAUAAAUGGGACUGUUAUGCGAGUAACGUUAUAUAAAGCGUUAUAUAGAGCAUUUACACUGUGAAGUUGGAUGCUCUAGCUGUAUUGACUUCCAGAGCAUCCACCUUGCUUUAUCGGAUCGCCAUGAUGAGUUAGCAAAAGCAAAACCAUUGAGGUCUCCAUCUUGGUGGGUUCCCAAGCAACUUACGGAUUGGGUCGGAUACUCUAUUGAGCAACCCUACAGAGACUGUAGAUUACAGAGGCGCCGAGACACUCA